AUGGCGAACAACAUCCACGUCGCCGUGCUAGACGCAGACAUCCCCUGCUUAUCAGUAUACAAAGAGCGGGGUCUAUACAGCUCUCAAUUCCGCGUCCUCCUCCAAGCAGCAGCGGAACGCCUGAACAAAAGCGCAGACACAACCCUCCAAUAUGGCCCACUAGCCGUGAACGUAACGGCCUUCGACGCCGUAGGCAGGACCCUACCACCGCUCGAGACUCUCCGAAACAGUCCCAAGAUCCCAGCAGAGCCUCAUACCGGCGGACCACUUGGCCCGAUAGAUGCAAUUCUAAUCACAGGCUCCGCAUCCUCAGCCUACGAAGACCUACCCUGGAUCCACGAGCUGCAAGCCUUCAUCCAAUCAGUACAUGCAGACUACCCGCACGUUAAGAUCUUCGGCUCCUGCUUCGGUCACCAGAUCAUAGCCGAAUCACUUCUCUCCAAGGACCAAACCUCACUGGAAUCAUCAUUCCACGUCGCGCACUCACAGACUGGCUUCGAAAUGGGUAUCCAGCCUAUCACUCUCGACCCGUCAUUCACGGCGCGCUUCCCGCCUCUUGCGCGUGCUUCGGCACUGGGUUCAUUCCGGAUUCAGCUAAUCCAUGGUGAUAGGGUAGUUCCUACGCCUGAAGCUGUUGCAGCUACUGGGAAGACGGAUGUUUCUUUGCCGGCUCCAUGGUGUAAUAUUGGGAAUAGUGCGCAGUGCGCUAUUCAGGGUCUUUAUAACCCCGGCCGGGUUUUGACGUAUCAAGGUCAUUUUGAGUUUGAUACUUUUGUUAAUGGGGAGCUUUCGCAAGAAUUUGGAAGGAGAGCGAAUUGGCCGGCUGAUGUAGUUGCUGGGUAUUUGGAGUUGAUUAAUCGUUCACUUGUUCCUGGCAUGGAUGAUGAUGAUGAUUCCAAGGCUGCUGCUGAAGCUGUGCUGCUGUUCUUUGCUGGUGAAGAUUUGGAAGGACAGGGGAUUGGGCUUACUUUGCCUGGUAGUGGUUUACUUACUCCUCCGUUGGGUUGA